UAGUCUCUAUUUAUGCAGUGGAAUUUGGCAGUCUGGUUCAAAAACUGGCUGGAUCCAGCAGCCAAAUAUGGUUUUUCGCAGCCAGGAUGCUCCAGGGUCUGGAAUUUCUUGAUGCCCUCGGAGAAACUGAUCUUUCUCAUUCUCUACACAGUCAGUGGCAUCGGGGGGAGCUUGGGUCCAAAAAUUGCCUGGCUGUGGCCGAAUCCAGGAGGAGCCGGCCACAUCCAGCUUUUACCCACACCCGCAAAUGACCCGCACACAAGACACACAACGCAGCCGCGCUUAGCCAAUGUCAGGCUGCACAGGGAGCAGCAGGAGGAAGAGGAGGAGGAGGAGGAGGAGGAGGGCGCCUUGUACGCACGGCAUGUAAACAAUACAUGUAAGUUAGCAAAUAAUGCUGAGUGGGAGCCGCAGCCCGCGGUGCUGAAGUGGAUCGGGAGCUCCCCAGCCCGGACCUCUCCCCACACCCGUUUCCUAGCGGGAGGGCGGGACGGAGCCAGGCCCCGGGGGCGCGUGGGGAGCGCGGCGGCUGCAGGGAGCGAGCAUGGCUUUCCAGCAGCUGGCGGACGUGGCGGAGAAGUGGUGCUCCAACACCCCCUUCGAGCUCAUCGCCACCGAGGAGACGGAGCGGAGGAUGGAUUUCUACGCCGACCCCGGCGUCUCCUUCUACGUGCUGUGUCCGGACAGCGGCUGCGGGGACAAUUUUCAUGUGUGGAGUGAAAGUGAGGACUGCUUACCUUUCCUGCAGUUGGCACAGGACUACAUCUCUUCCUGUGGUAAAAAGACCCUCCAUGAAAUACUGGAAAAAGUCUUCAAAUCUUUCAGGCCUUUACUGGGGCUUCCAGAUGUCGAUGAUGAUGCAUUUGAAGAGUAUAACGCAGACGUGGAAGAGGAGGAACCAGAAACCGAUCACCAACAAAUGGGUGUCAGCCAGCAGUAAUUAUCUGAGGAAUUAAAAGAUUUUAAUCCCUUGGUACCAGGUGGGGUCAUGUGCUCCUGCAUUAGCAUUUUUGAAUUAGCGCAUCACAUGGGAAAUGUGGCUCCCAGAAUCCAAGUUUAAAAAAAAUAAUAAAAACAUAAAUAUCUCUGUGAUGAGCUUUGCUAAGAAGUGACCUGAAUUUCACUCCUGUUUCAGUGGGGUUUCUAUGGAGUUGUCUUGGUAGCAUUCUGCCAUCAUUAAUUUAGAACUAGUUUUGUCGCUGACUGUCUCUUUGACUCGUGUUUGAGAAUAACAUUCACUGACAUGAAUGUAGAGUACUUUGAAUGUAGGAACUGUUGGAUAGUGUGUGAAGUACUCACAUAUGACCCUAUGGAGGAAAAUGAAUGCAGAGAAUAAAUGCAAUCUGCACUUUUAGUUUUAAUUCAACAAUUUUUUUUAAUUUUUAUUAUAUAUUUUUUUGCUAUACUACCAGUCAGAGUAUCAAACUGUGAGAGAUUAUGCCUGUAAAGCACUAGUUUCAUAGUAGUUAAUAUUGCAGAAGUGCACAUAAAGAUUGAACAAAAAUAAUUACUUAGGACGGACAAAAUUCAGACAAAUGCUUGUGCAGCACAUUUUAGUGUUUAACACCACCUGAAUGUACAGGUGCUGGGUUAAUCACUGGGCAUAAUUAGGAUAUCUGUGUGAUCAGUGCACGUCAUGAUACACAUUGGUACUUUGAUGCCAUCUGUUCCAAAGCCAAAUGCUGUUUUAAUAAAAAUUAAAUGAAUUUAAAAAUUUCCAUUGCGUAUUCUCCACCUGCACGAAAAUCAACCUUCAGCUUCACUAGCUUUAAUAAAACAACAACUUUAUUCAAAUCUUGCAGCAUCCUGAAUUAAAGUGCAACUUAACUUUGAAGCCCUAAGGAUGUAAACCAGCACCUGGCUCUUUAAAUUAUAAUGGAAUCCUUCUUCACGCUGGGCCUUGUUCUUCAGUGUCUUGUACCUUGUGUAGCUAUUCAUGCUUGUCAAAGUGGGUGUAAAAUGCUACCAAACCAGAAUGGUAGGGCCUGAUUCUUAUUCUCACUGAGGUCCCUUUACAUUGUUCUCGCUGUGUAAAAAGGUCUUGAAGGGAGCACAGAUGUAAUUUAUGCCCACUUUAAGGUCCCUUUACAUCGCCUAGGGUGGGUCCUCGGCUGGUGUCAAUUGCCAGUGGAAUGAUGACAGUUUCCAUCAGCUGAUGACCUGUCCCCCAGAGUGGUGGAAAGGGGUUUUAGUGUAACUUAAAGUAAGACCCAUAGUAUUUUACACUUCAUUUUCCCAGGUGUAAAUGACUCCCAAGUGAGUAUCAGAUGGUGAAGACACACAGCCUCUUUAUUUACUCACCUUUUAUUCUGAAAAUGUAAGAAAAGAAGCGAUUCCAUUCUCGUACAGCAGUUUUCCACUAUCUAAGAAAGUAUUUCUAAUUGACUAUUUUUAGACAACUUUUUUUAAAAACACAAAAUGUAGGUCACAAACUUCAGAGCCCUUAAAUACAGCAUUAACUUUAUAAAAGUUAACACUUAGUGAAGAGAAAAUGCUUGGACAACUCUCAGAAACAACUGACACCCUUUUUAAAACCCUGUUAUUAGCAGUAUCUCCUACUGGAUAUGUUUGUAAAGGAAAUUGUUUUAAAGGCUAGUUUAAAGAGUUAAUUUUCUUGGUGAUUUGUGUGUCUGGUGAAGGGUUAGGGGAUGCAUAAAGUUUAAUUUUCUAACAGAGGCAAAACUUUCUGUAACCAGGAUGGAAAAUGGUAUUUGAAUAUGCACAGAAGUGUCUGCAACACUGUAAAAGUCUGAGUUUAAGAAUAUCACUAAAUAGACAAGAAACCGAGCUUAAUGAAACUUUGUACAUUCUCUUGGCAUGCAGGCAUAAAUAUGAUAGUCGCAACACAUUUUCUAUGGACUAGUGGUGUGAAAACUGUGCCAGUUCAUUGUAUAACACUGUACAGCAGUAAUAGGCUUUUUGCUUACCAAAAUAAAGUGUAAUACCAGUGGUUUCCAUCCUUGCUUUAAGUACCCAAGUUUUUCUUUCCUUUUCAUCUAAAAGAGACUUGUCAUAACUUUACACAGGGGCGUCCUUCAGAGGAGCCUUUUGGGGGUUACUUCCCUAGGCACUGAUCCUUUGAUUCCAGUUCAUACAAAUAGACCUUUUGGGGCUGAUUUUCCUCUGCAUUAAACCUAAAGCAAUGCAUUGUUUGCACCUAUGCAAGGUGGGUAUAAAAUACUACCAUUCUGAUUUGCUAACCAUUUAGGCCGAUUUUGCACAGGUGCAAAUGACUAUGCAAACAGCUUCUAGUUCUCCAUUACACUAAGGCCCCUUCACACUGCUCUAACAUGGGUAUAGAUGUAAUUUGCAGAAGCUUUAAUGCAAAUGAGAAUCAGGCGGUUUGACUACAAUGGGACUAUUUCUGUGAGUAAGAGCUACUUGAGUGAGUGAAUGCUGGAGGAUUCAGCCCUUGUGAACUACAUAUAAUGAAGUUGUGAUGUAUUCUGCACUUUGCCACCUUUGCCUGCAUUUUGAUUGACUCUGAUCUGCAAAUGAGCAGUUGAGCAUUAAUAUGGUUAUAAGCAAACAUGAAGCUGUAAAUUAUAAAGAUAGAUAUAUUAUUUCCUCUAUUCAUUGAUUUGUUUUUAUUUUGAACAUCAUAUGCCAUGUGAGUGACUUCUGCAACUUCCCUAGGGUCCUAGCCUGCAGCUUUCACUCCCAUUAAACUCUCAUUGAAGCCAGCAAGAGUUUUGCCCAAAUAAGGACUGAAGAUCAGGCUCCUGAAAUGGCCUAAUCCUGCAAAGUGCUGAACCCCCUUGUCUCCCAUUGAUUUUGCUGGGAACUGAGCAUGUUGAGGCACUGCUAAGUCAGGCUAUUACCAUGCACCAUUUAAAAUAAACUGGAAUUUUAUAUAGAGAGGAUAAAAUAUAAAUUUACAUGUGUAUUAAAUGUUAAAUGAGCAUUAAUAUAGAAUGUAUUUUAUCAAAAAAUAUUGGUUUCUUAGACUUUGACCAUAUCCAUUUCUGUGUUGUUAUGGUAUUGUUUCUUAUUUAUCAAACAAUCCAAGAAAUGCUGAAUUAUCUAGUGGAACCACAAGGGUUCCAGACUUAUUAUUUUUUCCUUCUCACUUCCCUUGUCUGAAUUGGAAUUAUUAGCCACUUACCCAGUAAUUUAAAGGAGGAGGCAUGGCCUGGUGGAUAGCCCUUCUGAGAUCCCAGUCCUGCAAACACAAUGUGGGUAAGUGAUUACAGGGGGGAAGCCUGAGUCAGGGAAUCUGGUGUUUCUUAUCAGCUUGCCACUGAUUCACUCUUGACUUUAGCUGAGUUACUGGGAGAGCCUGCGAGUUAUGCAUCCAGAUCCUGGUGAAAUUCAUUGGGAAAUGGAUGCCUAACUCCUAUGUUUUCCUUCGAAAAUCUCUUGUACUUUAGUUUCCCAAUCUGUAAAAUGAGGGUGAUAGUAAUGUUUACUCACCCAUUUAAAGUGCUUUUUGAUCUAGGGAUGAACACUGAAAAGUAUUUUAUUAUUGCCCAUCCUCAAAGCAGAAUGUUGGUGAAAAGACAGUAAAAAAGAAUGGGGAAAACCAGUCUUUUUUCCAUGUAUAGAUUUGAUUUUCUGACUAAAUACAAAUGUUUCAGACUCUCAGACCUGGCUCUUUGGAAUCCAAGUUGCACUUUUGCAAUGAGCAGAGUGCUGUUUGGGGAGAUUCAGAAAUAGGUGGAACGUAAGGAAAAAAUGAAUACGUUUUAUAAAUAUUACAACUAUGUUUUGGUGGGCUAAGGGUAGUGCAGGGCAAGAGAGUAAAAUGACGUCUUUCAGAAAAAUGCCAGGAUUUCUGAGAAAUCUUAGACCUAGCUCUAAGCAGUCUGCUUCUGGAUCCCAUGUAGUCCAUAGAGAAACUGCUACGUGUUCCUAUAAGGUCUCAAAGUCGGGGGUGUAGUUCUGUGUAGAUUAAAAUUAGCAUAACGAUUGAUAAACAUGUGGGGGUGACAAGGGGAGCAUGGAGAAAAGAUUAACUUAGGGCUUGUCAACACUACAGGCACUGUAGUGACUGAUGCAGCUGUGCUGUAGUAGCUAUGCCACCAUAGCAUGAUAGUAUAGAUAGGCUUUUUCCAUCACUGUAGGAAGUCCACCUCCCUGAGUGGUGGUAGGUAGGCAGACCAAAGCAUUCUAAUGGGGUGGUUCAUAACUAUGCUGACCUGGGCUCAGAGGUGUGGGUUUUUCACAUCCCUGAGCGCUAUAGCUAUGUUGACCUAAAUCUUAAGUGUAGACCAGGCCUCAGAAACCUUUUUUCCUGGCAUUGUUAUUUAUUAUUUGUAUUAUGGUAGCAUAGGAGCUCCAGCCGUGGGCCAGGACCCCAUUUUGCUAGGAGCUGUCCAAACACAGAACAAAAAGACCCCAAAGAGCUUGCUCUGGAUACAGGCAACUCAUUUUAGAGACAAACUAAAUUCUGCAAUUCUGUGUUCACGAACACAGAUGUGGGGACUAACAACCCUACCAUGCAUGGUCAUAAUCAGUAACUUGAACCUCUCAGGACCGCCCUGUCCAAAUCGCGAGCCCUAUCCCAUAUUAUUUCUCAGCUAGUCAGUCCCUGUUCCCUUCCCCCCCCCUUUGGGUAGCUUUGUGCCUUUGAAAUUUGUAAGCUCAUAAAAUGCAGUUUUUGCUGAAAGUAAUUGUAGCUAGUUUUCCUUUAUCAGUGGCCUGCGCACAUACUAUUGUAAUUUUACCCUGUGUUGCAGGACAUGCUGUUUGAGUCAGGGGACCAGGGGUGGGGAAGGUGUUCUGCAGCAAAGUGGCUUGCGGCAUAUCCAGCCCCAGCUGUGGUUACUUCUUAAUAAGCUGUGAAAAGCCAUCCCAAGGGUCCAUUACAGUCAAAAUAGUUUGCAGAUGGCUGUUGUUUCACAGAAACAUUGAAUAGCUGUCCAGUUUCUCUCAAUAAAGAGUACUUUUAGUAAUGUUGUAUCAGGACCCAAGACUGAAGCACACUGGUCAAGGUUUGAUCAUAAGUGACUAGUGAUUUUGGGUGUCCGGACUGAGACAUCUUAAUGAGGUUUGAUUUCCAAGAAAUGCUGAACACCCAACCUCUCAAAAUCAUGUCCCUUCAAGAUGUGCCAUCUUGGGCACCCAAAAACAAAGGCAUCUGAAAUCACUAGUCACUUGAAAAUCCUGCUCAGCUUGGGGUUCCAGCUCUGAAGAUUGAGUCGUUAAGGAAGCAGGCACAUAGUAUCCAGUGUCUGUGUACUCUGUUCUGAAUUGUGCUGAACAAAGGGGGACAUUUUAUUGUUUGGUUUUUAAAUCUGGCAAAGCCCUUCUCUUUCAACCCACUUUUCCAAUAUAAGUUCCCAGUUGGGAAAACCAUGGUCCCUGAUUACUAGGCAGGAGUGACUGAGGGAAGUGAAGUUGUUAAAUCCUAACAGGCUCUGUGUGGGUGGAUUCCCUGAAAUCAUUGGGAGUGAAGGUGUAAGAUUGGGACCUAAAUUUCCAAAGGGGGUUAUUACAAUAAAAACACACCAUGAGACAGAUCAUUCUCCCUAGAGUUCCUCAAUACCUAAAUAUGAGUCCUCUCUGAAACCAGAAACUGCCCCUUUUAGGAUUUUAAUCAGACUUCAUCUGAAAUUUACUAAAUUGCAUUGUUGGGAUCUGAUAUCCAUGGCAGAUGCACAUUGCACUCUGUAGGAGGAGAUUUGUUUAAGAGCCCUACCUACAAUGACGGGUUCAGUGGCUCAAUUGUCGGUCAAAUGCGUUAAAUUGGGAUUUUUUAACGUCAUCUGUUUUAUUAUUUCUAAAGGGUAUUAUGCAUAAAGGCACAGCUCCAUUAUUACAAGCUCAAGUUUAAAUAAAGCCAUGUGCCAUUGCUUCACCAAUCAGAGCUCAGUUGUAAGCAGGAACGUAUAGAGUAUCACAAAUGGUGUUCAUUUGUCUGUAGAAAAAAAUUUUUGAGCUAGCCAGUACUGACCACAGAAAAGCUACAGCGGUUUCAUAUAACGUACUUUGAGCUUUCGAAAUUUCCUUUCUGUACUGACAUACUGUUAUUUAUGUAGACAAAGAUGUGUGGUAACAUUGCAUGUAAAGGAUUUCUACUUUCGUCUUUAGGGAGUAGGGGAAUAAAUGUCAAAGCUGGAGUUUAGUCUAAAUCAAUUUUUGUUGUCAAGUUUUAAACUCUACCAAUGUUGGGCUCAGUCCAGCCAGCAACAUAUCAAGCAGAAGUAACGAGCCAUUUGCCAUGCAAAACUGUUUUUAAUGUGGUUUUUCUCAUUUUCUUGCUGGAAGAUUUGUCUCUGUGACUACAAAGCUGUGAAAUGGGUUGCCAAAAGAUGUUGCCCUUUUGUUAAAUGCUUUAAGAGAUGUGAACUUUUAAUGGAUCCCUGUCUAUUCUUCCAUUCCUACUUUUUCUUCCCCGACACCUAGGCAUCAAAUCCAACAAUGUAGUUACACCAUAAGCUUGCCAUUAAAGAGCUUACCAAACUUU